AUGUAUCAGUUAGUUUUGGAACUAAUAACAACACAGACCACAAUGUUCAAGCUGGUGGUGUUGUCUGUAGUGCUGGCAGUGGCGGCUGCUCACCCCCAAGGUGUAUGGGGAGCUGGCUUAGCUUGGGGAGCACCCUGGGCUGCAGGGGCCGCUCCGUUGGCCUCACCCAUCUUUAACCCUCUAUUUGCACCAGUUGGACCUGUAACUCCCUAUGGCGCACCUAACUACAGAGGACCACUAUCUCUUGCUCCCGGCCAACCCGCCAAUAUUUUGGGUGCUGAUGGCAGGCCUUUGGAUACGCUGAGUGUGAACUUGGAUCGGGCUGUCCAUUACACCGCGAGGGCUCUUGAGGGUAAUGGCCGACGAUUGCAAAAGAGAUCUAUAUUGGCGGCUCCCCUGGCUACCGCUAAUUUGGCUGGUGCUGGUUAUGCUGCUGGACCCUAUGCUGCCGGCGGCUUGGCCGCUGCCCCUCUCACCCUGGGUCGCUCAUGGGUUGGCCCAGCACCUCUCGCUCCUGUCGCCAUCGCCGCCGCUGCUCCUUUAGGACUGGGAUUCGGUGCUCGCGUGGGAAACUUUUGGCCUACCAAAAUGUUCAGGCUUGUGGUGUUGUCAGUAGUGCUCGCUGUGGUGGCUGCUAGCCCUAUAACUUUUUGGGAUAAUGGGUUAACCAGACCAUUGGCUUCAUCCUGGAGUGCACCUUUAGCUGCAGGAUUCGCCACUCCCUCACUUAACUACGCCCCUCUCGUUCCUUCAUUCGGACCUGUGCCACCCGUUGGCGCACCUAACUACAGAGGACCACUCUCCCUUGCCUCCGGCCAACCAGCCAACAUCCUGGCUGCUGAUGGCAGGCCUUUGGAUACGUUGAGUGUGAACCUUGAUCGAGCUGUCCACUACACCGCGAAGGCACUUGAGGGUAAUGGCCAACGACUGCAAAAGAGGUCGAUAUUAGCGGCUCCCUUAAAUGCCGCUAAUUUAGCUGGUGCUCGUUAUGCUGCUGGACCUUGGACUGCCGGUGCUUUCGCUGCUGGACCUUUGGCUGCAACUCCCUUGGCCGCUGCCCACCUCACCCUAGGUCGUUCGUGGGUUGGUCCAGCUCCGGUCGCUCCCGCCGCUAUCGCCGUCGCUGCACCUUUGGGUUUGUGA